UACCGGACGCAAAGCGGCGAAGAUAAUACCAAAAUAAAGACCGAAUCACUGAGAAAAUAAGGAAGGAGUGACUUCGGAUUAGUAGUUGUCAACUAUGGCACAUUUUGUGUAUCCGGCAGCCAAUGCUCAGCCAGCUGCCGCUUACCCAACUGUCCAGACAGCGUAUGUGGCUGCAGCACCCCAAGCAGCUUAUGCCACUGCUGCCCCUAGAGCUGGACAGGCAUACGAUAGCUACCAAACAGCACAUGCUACACCUCAAUAUGCAUAUACUACAAGAACACAAGUGGCUGUAACGCCUGCUGCUACAUAUGACCAGAAAGCAUAUUACCAGCCAGCGGCGCCUUCUUAUACAGCGGCUGAGACACAUUACCAACCAGCUGCGGCUGCCAAGCCAGUGUAUACUACUGGUGCUGCCUACAGCACCCAGCGUGCUGCUGCUCCCAAGGCCCAGACGCAAGUCCAAGUGUCAAGUGCUCCAACCUAUGUGUAUCCUGCCAACUCCACACCAGCCGUUACCACCUACGCCAGCAAUUAUGCCACAAACACAACAUCCAGCAACACAACAGCAUAUACAACAAAGGGUAAACAUCUGGUUCCACCUCUUACAAUGAAAAAACAAAUAUUUCAGGUCGCCUCCACUGGUUCCAACUACAACACCAUUAAACAAACAGUACAGCCUGUUGUUAUUAAAGGGUAUGAUGCUGCUCUUUACUCUGCAGCAACAUCCUAUUACCAGCAACAGCAAGCAGCCAAAACUCCAACUGGCACUUGGCAACUCAAGAAACAGGGCCAACAGGUUGGCAAACCAAAGCCAAAAGUCCCCCCAAAACAGCCACAGCUUCAUUACUGUGAUGUGUGCAAGAUCAGCUGUGCAGGGCCUCAGACCUAUAGAGAACAUUUAGAGGGACAGAAACAUAAGAAGAAGGAGGCUGCGAUGAAGUCAGGAAACAACUCCCAACCUGUUGGACGUGGUGGACAGAAUCAGCUACGCUGUGAACUAUGUGAUGUCACAUGCACAGGAGCUGAUGCCUAUGCUGCCCACAUAAGAGGCUCAAAGCAUCAGAAGGUCUUGAAGCUGCACACAAGACUUGGGAAACCAAUUCCUUCUACAGAUCCAGUAAUUGUUUCCCCAACUUCUGCUGGGUCAUCCACUACUGCAAAAGCUGGAACGUCUGCCACAUCUACUGCUGCUACAGCCACCAAGCCCACCAGCAAGCCUGCCCCUGUGGUCACUGCACAACCGACCAUCACCAAGAAGGUGCUUUCCACUCCCAAGAUCACCUUUGUUGGAGGUACUCAACUCAAGACUCUAGGAACCAAGCCUGAGGAGGUCAAGGUGGAACCUAAGAUUGAACCCAUUACAUCAUCCGCAUCACUGACAGAUGAUGACAAAGACGAUGAAGAUGGAGACAAAUUGAAUAUCCUUGGUGAGAAAGAUGUGGCACCAGUUGGUCAUGAGUACAUUGAAGAGGUGAAGAAUGAACAGGGAAAAACCAUCAGCUUUAAUUGCAAACUGUGUGAAUGUAAAUUCAAUGACCCCAAUGCAAAAGAGAUGCACAUGAAGGGACGCAGACACAGACUACAGUACAAGAAAAAAGUGGACCCAAGUUUGAAUGUGGAGGUAAAACCAAGCAUUAGAGCAAGAAAGAUCCAGGAAGAGAAGAUACGGCGACAAGCACAGAAAGAGGAAUACUGGCGACGUCGGGAGCAGGAACAAAGGAUGGAAGAUGAGUUGUACUGGGAAGAGCGAAGACGAUAUGAAGACCAGGAAUACUUUGAAUGGCAGAGACAGGGUGGAAGGCCAGGAAUGGGACCCCCAAGGCCAUUCCUGCAUGGGCCUGGUGGACCACAUAUGUUCCAGCCUAUGAGAAGACCAGAUUCCUCAGAUGAUCGCCACGUAAUGGCUAAACAUGUUGCUAUUUAUCCAAAUGAAGUAGAGCUUCAAGCUGUUCAAAAUAUUGUAUCUUUGUGUGAAAAGUCUUUAAAGCAAGUAUCCGACUUCUUAACUGACAGCAUUAAUCCAAAGAGCAUGGAUAUAGAUAAAGACGUAAAGAAAGAAGCUGAUAGUAAGGAAGGGGAGAAGAAAGAAGACCCAAUGGCUAAUCGUGUGUUGAAAGGUGUAAUGCGAGUCGGAGUGUUGGCCAAGGGUCUGCUACUGCAUGGUGAUCUUAACGUACAUCUGGUUGUCCUGUGUUCAGAAAAACCCACACGCACAUUGCUAGAACGGGUUGCAGAUGGUUUACCAAAGCAAAUCGCAGCAGUGACAGAGGAAACAUAUGAAGUUAGACGAUGUGUAGAGGAAGCUGCCAUUAUUGUAACAAAUAACAAAGAACCAAAGACUACCUGUAGUAUUACAUUAACGUCACCGGUCAUGCGGGAAGCUCAACUGGCAGAUGGAGAGACAUCUGCUACUGUAAGCGUCAAAGACCCACCGGAUGUGUUGGAUAGGCAGAAAUGCCUCGAUGCUCUUGCAGCCCUUCGCCAUGCUAAAUGGUUUCAGGCUAGAGCAAAUGGACUGCAGUCUUGUGUUGUUGUGAUCCGAAUUCUACGAGACCUUUGUCAACGUGUUCCAACAUGGACACCUCUGAAUGAAUGGGCAAUGGAGUUACUAGUGGAAAAGUGUGUGAGUAGUGGAGGUGCCAAGAUGAGCCCUGGAGAUGCUUUACGGAGAGUCUUUGAAUGUUUAGCAUCCGGGUUACUCCUUCCAGGUGGACCAGGAUUGUAUGAUCCCUGUGAAAAGGAUCCAGCUGAUGCAGCAGCAUCACUUACACCCCAAGAGAGGGAAGACAUCACAGCAUCAGCUCAGCAUGCUCUAAGGCUGAUAGCAUUCCGACAAAUCCACAAAGUGCUGGGUAUGGACCAGUUGCCAGCACCAAAAUUCCAACGACAGAGGAUGAAUCCUCGCAAACGAAGGAGAAUGGACAGUGCUACAGGAGAAGGGGAUGAAGUUGGAGAGAAGAAAGACAAAAAGGAUGAAGAUCAAGUUAUGGAAACCGCUGAUGGAAAACAAUAAAAAGUGUGUUCUGUGUGAGGAGCGAGAAUCUGAUACAAAUUAUAAUUCAUACAAGAACAGCAUUUAAUAUUGAAAGGAUUUAAUAGUUUAUGGCCAUACAUUGCUCAAUAAUAUUAGCAUUGUGUUCUUUGAUGAAGAUUCCAUAUGGAUAUGUCCUCUCAAGGAAGGCCUUGAAAAAAGGAACUCUUGACAGAGAUAGAAUGGUGAAAAAUCCUGUGGUACGAUAGACUACUUGUUACAAAAGGAGACUGAUGUAUACAUAAGCGUGUGAUAAAAAUGUGUUCAUAUUUGCUUUUUCUGUUAUAGGACUCCUCACUCUAACUUCUAUUUUAGCUUAUCAACAUAAAAUGUCUCUUGAUGUUGUGAUAUUUUUCAUUACUGUUUUUUGUUACUGUUUCUGUUACACUUUUAUCUCCUAAAUCAUGUUUAAAUUUUCACAUGGUUACUUUCAUUUUAGAAAAACGGCAUUGUAUUAUUGGUACUGUUGAAAACAUAUUCUGCAAAUCAAAACCUUCGGUUUCUAUGUUUCAUUUCCCAUCAUUUUUAACAUGUUAUCUCUUCUGUAGUAUGUAAAUAUAUUUUGAUCUUUGACUUUAUGCUUUUUAAUAACAUUGUCCUUGAUUUCCUUCUAUUCGAAUUUCUAAAUUUAGUCAUCAAUUUGCAUGCAGCUGCUAGUCUUCAUAUUCAAUCGCUAUAUUCAUAAUAUGAUAGGUUUUGCGGUGAACAGGAAGGUCAUUGUUACCCAAUACAAGUAUACUAAUACAUAGUCUGUCUGCCUCGUCGAAGUAUUUGUAGUAUAUUGUGAGGUUUAAUUGGGAACUAAAUGCAGGUGUGUUAUUUUGUCAGUAUUUACAUGUGUCAGUGUAUGAUACGGUGUGGAGUUCAGUCCCUUGAUGUAGGAUAACUGGUUUUUACUGAUUGCUUCUGUACAUGUAUCUGUAUCAGGUGCAUAUACAGACUUUUAUCAUUUAUUAUGUAUUUUUCUGCAACAAAAAUGAUUGUUGUGCUGUGUCCAGAAAGGACAUCAUGUGACAAAUGCACACACAUUGAUAUAUUGACACCGAGCAAUUAAAACACCACUGGUACCUGGCUAAUUGUAGUCAGAAUGUUGUGUACCAUUUAUAGUCAAAUAUAUUGUGUACUUAUUAUGCCAAGAAUGUUUAUUGGUAAAAAAUAGAUCAAUAAAUAUCUUGUGUGUA